AUGAAGCCUUUAAUAUUGUUAACAUUGUUCAGCUACCUAAUUUUAAUGCAAUGUGUUUCUAUUCGAAACUUAAACCCGUCAGCAUCAAAGAUCCGAAACAUUCGUCGCCAUCGUCUCGUACCAAGUUGCCCUUCAUAUUCAGAUGUUGACUUAGUUAAUCAAACAUUCCCAUUUAAAGUUGAUUUUAACUCGUCUUCGUCGACCAAAACAUCCGCCAAAACAGAUGGAUAUGGCAACAUUAUAUCAAUGAACAUUAUUAAUGAAGAAUAUCUUCCACUAAGUAUAUCUUGUUUCACUCGUCUACAUUCGUUACAUGUAGAAGGAACAAGAUUUCCAACUUUCUAUUUUCACGUGCCGAUGUUUGUUAGACAUCUCUCAUCAUCACUGACCGAUUUAGUUAUCAAAAAUACAUCUUUCAAGGAAUUACCCGACACAAUAAGAGAAUUUCGACGUCUCGAAACUCUUGUAAUAACCAGUGCAGAUUUACACAGUGUACCAGACUCAAUUGGCGAAUUGUCAUCGCUGAAGAUUUUGCAAUUAUUCGACAAUAGUCUAUCGGCGAUUCCGUCAACUAUCAUCAAGACUUCUUGUUUAACUACGUUCGACAUAAGCAACAACAAAAAGCUUCAAUCAAUUCAAACUCUUAAUGGACAUCCACACUUGAUGACCUUAGUUGCGGAUAACUGUUCGAUAGAAGACAUUCCAAUGGAUUUACCGCAACUAGUGAAUCUAUAUAUGCGAAACAACAAGAUUCAUGAUGUUUCCAAAAUAUAUACAUUAGGUAAUGGGACAGACGAACGAAAAAACUUUGACUUUCGCAAAAAUUCGAUUCGUUAUCUAACUCCGUUUAUUCGACGCGUGAAGAAUUUGUGCUAUCUCAAUCUCGACUACAACAAACUGGAUGUUUUGCCAAUGGAUAUUUAUGAAGUAAAGACAUUGAAACAUCUAUGGAUUCGGAAGAACAAUUUUGAGAACGAAACGAUCAACGCAAUCAAGAUGAAUAUGGUAAACACAAGAAUAUGGGCUUAA